AUGGCGUCCAAGCGGGAUAUGCGCCGGCCGGACCUGAUCGUCCCCUAUCAGGAGCCCAAGGCCAAGGGCGACUCCACCGAGCUCUCCUCGACGCUGUCCUCUACCCUGCCAAUGGCUGCGAUGCUUACGCGCAACAAGUUUAUCGGAUGGGCUUCCGUCGUCUUCAGCAUCCAGACCUGGCUUGGAGAGAGCGAGGAGACCAAGAAGAGCUCCGCGACGCCGGGGUACUUCUCCGUGGGCAUGUCAGUCAUGGCUCUCGCCGUCAGCUACCUGCCCCUCUUCCUCCCUCCUCCCGCUCAACGAGGAGGCGCCGCGACUGGCACCGGGCCCGCUGCCCCUGUCCCUCCUGCGUGA